GCCCCCUCCCUCUGUCCUGUCUCCCAUCACAGAGGAGAAAAUGCUGUAAAUCGCAGAAUUCAGAAUUCCGAAGAAGAAAUGGACCCCACCAGAACCCAAGCCCCACAACUCGAAUACGAAUAAGAACAGCCUGUUAUGGAGGAGCUCUGAUCACAACCCCUCACCACCCCCUUCACACAUAAACACCACCAAACCCCAUUUUCCUUCCUUCAUUCUCUCUCUUCUUCUCCUCCUCCUCCAUCUUCAUCAUGAGCUCCAUUGUUCAGAGCCUCCAGAAGAGAAUGCCCACAAACCAGGGCGCCCUACCCGUCUCCCAGGGCUCCGGCCUCGACCAGGCUCCUGCUCUCCGGCGAAGGCUGUCGUCCCUCUCCCUCAAGCUCCAGCCCAUCUCCUCCCCGGCCACCACCUGGGCCCUGCAGCGGUCCAAGUCCGUCUCCGCCAUGGGCGAGUACGCCGGCGGGUCCAUUAAGAGGUGGUGGGACUGGGGCUGGACUUGGGUCCUCUCCAGAAAGCCCAUCUUCGCUCAGGAUCUGGAGAUGAACGAAGAGGAGACCAAGAUUCUCGGCUCCGACAACAGAGGCAGCUGGCGACAUGUCUUCUUCAAAGUCCGGUCCGAGCUCCGGAAGCUCGUGAGCUCCGACAACGUCACCACUCUUCCUCAAACUUACAGGCCCUACAACUCGUUGAACUACCCCAAGUCGAAGAAGUGAGGAUCGGAAUAAGGUUGCUAUGUUCUUGUUCGGAAAUCCAGAAUGAAUGAAGAAGAUUGAUUAUAUGAUUGUAAUUAGAUGAUAUCUUUUCUUGUUCUAUUAUGUGUCUGUGGGGACUGCUUGUUAUGGAACUACGUACUUGCUGCUUUGGUCGUUGCUCAUCGGAUCGAAAUCCUCUUGGAUUCUCUGCAAUUUUUUCUGUCGGUGCGGGUCUCGGGAUCCGGAAGAAACGAGUUCCGGUCGUCGGCGCCGGUGAUGAUCCAACUGAAGGAAAUUGAGGGUUUUGCUGGUGCUUAUUAUCAUCUUCUUAAUUAGAUUUAGACAGCAUUUCAUUCAUUAGUAAAUACCGAUUUAUUAUGAUUGUUAUUAUCUUUAAUUUUUUUGGAUUAAAGGCAAUUACUUUUCCAGACAACCUCCCAUUAUUAAUUUGUAUCAAAUAUUAUGUGCUAGUUUUUCUAGUGAUUAUGGAAUAUUUAUUAGCUGUUCUUUCA